GCAGAAAAAGGUUUCAGGUAACACAAAUGAUGAAGCAGAAAUUGGAACAGAGAGUGUUCAGAGUAAAGACAACUUGGGUGAUCCAUGUAGGCAGAAGAUUGAAAGAUCAGCAAGGGGUAAAGCAAAGACAAAAGGCAGCACAAAGGGGAAUAAUGAAGUAAAAGAUGAAGAUAUUCCUUAUCUAAGCACAGUAACAGCAGAACAUCUUGGAAUUAAGUUGGAUAAAAGUACAGAAAACAGAUUAAGUGAUGUGAAAGUUAAAAUUGACCGGGAAUGUGAUGAAGUUGGUGUCAUGUCAUCUAGCGACUCUGAUGAUGACUUUGAACCCGUGACAAAAAAAUUGAAGUCGUCCAACGAAGAAGAAAUCUGCAAAGCAAGGGAAGGUGUAGAUACAAAGAGUACGCCUCAUUCAGUAUCAAAAGAGAAAGCACACAAAGCAGCUGCAAGGAAGAAAAGAAAAGAGCAAUGUGAAGAUGAAGAACAGCUCAAGAAAAAAGGUGAAGAAACAAAGAAAAAUACGAAAGACAAAAAAGAUGUAAAACAGAUUAGUAAAACUAAUGUUGAUAAAAAGUCCUCGUCAAAAAGGAAAAACUCAGGAAAAUCUGUAGAGAAUUCCACACAUGAAUCUCAAAGGUCUAAUGAUAUUUCUUGCCCACCUGAAAGUGUUCAUUUCAAAGGAUCCUCAGAAAAGUCCAAGAACAUUGACCAUUCAGAUGUAAUGUCAGUGUUGCUGCACAUGGAAGGGGUGAGUGAGAAGGCAGGUCCUUCAGGGUUGUCUACUGGGGGUCAGGAGAGUGUCGGGGACACAGACGGGGACAGCGAGGAGGAGUCAGACUGGGAGGAGGUCAAAGAUGUUGAAGGCAGCCCUUUGAAGUCUCAGAUUCCAAAGGAACCAGUGGAAGUGAUUUUAGAGGCCCCUAACUUCAUAAAGAAAAGGAAGAAGAAAGAAUUUGAUUGGAAAGCCUAUGUCCAGAGACAAAUUAACAGAUUCAACAAAGAAUUAAGGGAGGAUAUUCACAAGGUACAUCUGAUGUGUUUGCUGUCUACGGGUCGUUACUUGAAUCAGGUGUGUAAUGACUCGGUCCUAAGGGGUGUGGCAUUGUCUAUCAUUCCUCCUGAAUUUUCCUCCCUCCCUCUCAGGAAGUACGAUGCGUCUACUCACACAAGAUUUGUAAAUUGGUACAAAGGGACUGUUAGUAUUGACUGUAGCAUUGCUGAUGAUGAAAAAUCUAAUCUGCCUGAAUCUCUUGUAAGAAGAAUGGAGAAUAAAAAAGUUGCCAGUCGUAUGGAGUUUGUUUUAUUCUACCUGGCCCUGUUAAGAUGUUUAGGUUUCAAUGCCAGACUGGUUACAUCUCUACAGCCCCUCCCUCUUAAAAAUAAUAAACAGGAAGAAAAUGUGAAGAAAAUUAACAUAAAAGGGAACCCAGCUGCAAUCAAAAAACCUAGCAAGGAAAACUCCAAGAAAGAUCCCAAAGAAAAGGUUAAAGCAGAGAAAAAGGGCAAAGAAAGUAAAAGCAAGACAGAGAAGAAAAGCAGUAAUAAAAAGAAACAGAGUACUGCUGGGAAAUCUACAGAACAGAGCUCUGUGUCAAAGGUGUCAAAAACUCAAAAAAUCAAAAACAAGAGUCUCAGGGAGCGGGACUCCAAAGUGAGGCCAAACAGUUACCAUGACAACAGUGAUAUCGAUGACUCAGGAGAUGACUUUGAGCCAGAAAAGACUUGUGGAAGUCAAGGAAGAAAGCAGAGGAGUUCAGAUAGUUUGAGCUUGUCUGACAAAUCUUCAGAAAGCAGGUCAGAUAAAGAUUCUGAUUUUGAGGAAGAAACAAGGACAUUCAGAAGUCCAGUCAGAAAAUCCACGUCAGGAAAGAAAAAGAACAAAAAAGUCUUAUCUUCAGACUCUGAGAGUGAAGGGCUGGUGUCCAAACAAGGUUGUGAUGAAUGGGUGGAGGUUUAUGUGGAACCUGAGAAAUCAUGGAUGUGUAUUGACUGCCUGAGGGGACACAUCAAUCGUCCUUACCGUAUAGAGAGUGCUGCUACCCAGCCUGUCCACUACGUUGUGGCUUACAAUGAAGAUGGAAAAUGGAAGGAUGUAACAGCCAGAUAUGCCUCCAACUGGAUGACAGACACCAGAAAGCUAAGGGUGGAUCCAGAGUGGUGGGAGGAGACACUGAGUGUGUACAAAUGUGAGGAAGACAGAGCUGAAGAUGAGGAAAUUAAAGCCAACCUUAUGAAGAGGCCAUUACCCACCAAUAUUUCAGCCUUUAAGAGCCAUCCUCUAUAUGCCCUUCGGAGACAUUUGUUAAAGUUUGAGGCUAUCUACCCGGAGACAUCAGCACCACUAGGCUACAUCAGAGGGGAACCAGUUUAUGCCAGAGAGUGUGUACAUGAGUUACAUUCCAGAGAGACUUGGCUGAAAGAAGGCAGAGCUGUGAGGAUUGGAGAAGAAGCGUACAAAAUGGUGAAGUCAAGACCAAAAUGGAAUAAGCCCAAACUUGACCCAGAUGCACUAGAUCUGGAGGUAUUUGGAUUAUGGCAGACAGAACUCUAUAUACCUCCACCAGCUGUUGAUGGAAAAGUUCCUAGGAAUGCCUAUGGAAAUGUGGAAAUGUUCAAACCUACUAUGUUACCAGCAGGGACUGUUCAUCUCAAAAUACCAGGUUUAAACAAGGUAGCUAAGAAGUUGAACAUAGAUUGUGUCCCUGCCAUGGUGGGCUGGGACACACACUGUGGAUUCUCACAUCCUGUAUUGGAUGGAUUUAUUGUGUGUGAGGAACAUAAAGAUGUUCUAUUGGCAGCUUGGGAUGAAGAACAGGAAAUCCAGAAACAAAAAGAGGCAGAGAAAAAAGAGAAGAGGGUGAUAGGAAACUGGAAGCUGUUAAUCAAGGGACUGCUGAUUAAGGAAAGAAUCAAGAAAAGGUUUAACCUAGUUGACAAGGAAGAUGAGGAACAAACAAAACCAAAGCCUAAGGGAAAGAAAGCAACAGAUGCUGAAAAGUCCUGGCCUCGAAAGCUUCCAAAGUCAGGGAAAUUAUCACACACACAGGAAACCUUGUGAUGAGAGAAACCGAGGAUUACAAUUAUAAAAUCCAAAAGCUAGUGAAACGGGAUUAUAUCCACAUCACUAUCUAUAAGCAUACAGAAAGUGAAUGAUUAACGCAUUAAAACCUUGUGACUAGAGACACCCGGUGAAAGGGGAUCAUUUUCACAAAACUAUUUAUGGAAAAAGAAUGUUUUCUCAUGAAAACCUUGUAAAUAUUGUUUUAAAUUAGGAUUCG